GUGGAGAGCCUUGGAGGAGCUGUGAGAGAAGCAGGGAGAAAGACAGUGUAUAGGAUGUGACUAAGAUUCCCUGUCAAACCAGCCAGGAGGCGGAGAAGAGAAGAGGUGGGAUUGGACAGAGGGAGAGGAGGAGAGUGAGAGAACCCCCUCCCCCCACUCCACCCCAUUCCACCCCACCCAUUCUCCAGUCGUUCAGCGUCAGUGAAACCCCUAAUGUGAUCAAGAUGGAAGCUCAAGCUAUCUUUGGACUUUGUGCUGUGCUCCGGAUUUUCGGUUGGCUCCGGGGGCUCCCUGCUCUCUGCUCCCAGAAAGGGGUAAAGUCAGCAAUGGAUUUGAUUUGAAUCCGCAAACCCUGAGAGCAUUCCUCGGAACCGGGAAUUAGGACCGAUAUCUCAGGAAAAGGGGGAUUCAUUCCUUGAGAAAGGCUUGUAGGAUUGGAUUUGUCUGUCCUCUGACUUUGAUGGAUGGCUAACUCUUCAACCCCAUAGUGUUUAUCCUGUUAUCUUCUGUUAUUCAGUCUUAUGUUGCUGCUGUGUGGGACUGCGACAGUACCCCUCUGUAUUCUGGUGGAGUAUUGACAGUGACGCAACUCAUCCAGGCACGUUGAGCGAAGUGGCACACGGAUUACGCUAAUUGAGUACAUUUUACUUCUGUGUGAGAAGUUGUAAUAAGUACACAGUGCCCUCCCUAACUCAUGGGCCAGUUGACGUCAGAGGAGGAAGUCACACCGGGUCACCCUCCAUCCAACAGCAGUCCUGUGGAUGCUUAAGGAAGCUCAAUAGAACUGCACCGUAUGGUCCGCCAUUUUGGUUCUACAUCUUUAAUUGGCUCUAUGGUUAGCAGUGGGAGUCCGCCAACCAUGCUUGUCGCCAUACGGAAAAGAAGUUGGGAGGAUCACGUGACUCACCGCUCCGGGUUACAGUACAGCUACGACGACCUGGACCUGGUCUGUUGCCAUGGCGUCAGUGGCGACGGGCCUCGGCUGGCAUCUGAGGGGUCCAAACAGGGGCGCAGGGAACGAUGUGCCUCCAUGCCGGAGUGCUGUCACCGGCCACGCCCCGAUGGCCUCAACAAUGGGCCGGGUCACACGUUGGAGUUUGUGACCUCAGUCAACGUGGAGGACAAUGGCGAUCACUCUGAGCCGGGGCACGUGAUGUCAGCAGGCAACUUUGAUUCAACUGUUGUCCCUGUGUUCCAGGCUGAGCUGGUAGACGGCUCUGAUGUAACUGUUGAUGAUGAUGACCUCAACGGGAGGCUGAUGGAGUCUGAACCUGGAGGAAUGCCGGACGCUGGUGAGGACUCAGUUGGCAGCCAAUCUCACUGUGACCUGGGCAAUGGGAUUCUUCAGCCAAAGCCAAACAUCAUCUGCACUGCAGACAACAGUCAUGAGGAUGAGUAUGACAUUGAGGAUGGCACCGAUGAUAACGAGCAUCCCAACGUUGUUGAUGACCGCGUUGCAAUCACUGUUCAAUCUGUCUCUGUUGACGAAGGACAACGGGUCUCUAUCUGUCCGGACAAUGGAUUUUCACUGGCCUUUUCUGUUGGUGAGAAAACUGGCAGGCAUCCAGAACUCCUGGAGACAAUGGCCGACCAUACAGACGGUCAGGUUGGACUUCCAGAACCCUUAGUGGACACACAGACCCAGUCUCAUCAUACUGAAGUUGAACCACGAGAGGACCUCUCCACCUUGGAUGAAAGCAACAUUACUGACCCGGGUAAAAGAACAGGAGUAAUACAGCCAGCGGCCAUUUUGGAUUCCUCAAACGAACCAGAGUGCAAUGGGGAUGUAAUAUCAGAUGUUAACGUGGAGAUCUUGGAGGCUCCUGUUGCAGACGUUAUGGAGGGGGAAGCUAUGGGGGAAGAUGUUGAGAUUAAAGCCUUAGAAUGGAAGGCUGAGGAUAGUGUUGAAGGUGCUGAUGGAUUGAAUGUUCAGAGGAAAAUGUAUGAAAGUCAUGAUACAUUUGACCAGAUUCUGAGGGGGCAACAUGCUGUGUCAGUGGAUGGCAGACAAAUAGAACAAGAGCGGCAUGAUAGCAUGAGGACUAAUGAUGGUUGUGAAAUAGCUCAGGACCAGACAGUGUUGAGAAAGGAGGAUGUUAACAUGGUGGAGAUGGAAGGAUCCCAAGGAGAGGAAAGGGCUCUGGAAAUGGGCAGGGAGAAAACCCCUGAGGAUAAGGCAAGUGUGGAGUCUGUGCAUGCUUUGUGUGUCACAGUGCAACGUUCCGAGGACCUGGAAAGGUCCUCCAGACGCCCAUUAGCUGGACAGAAGAAUCUUGAAAGUUCAAAAAUGGACGGAAUAAAGGAACGGACUACCGUAGAGGACACGGAUCAUCCAAUGAUACAUGUGCAUUCUGAUGACCUCACAGUGGAGAAUACGAGUGGCGGCUUGAGGUCCAAAGACUCAACGUGUUCCGAAGAACUAACCUCGGCUGUAACAGCCCAAGGACAGCACAGCGAUGGUGGCUCAAAGCUGGACACCAUCCAUGAGAUUAACCAAUCC